AUGGGGGUCAAUAUCUCGACCACCAUCCCACCCAACACCCCUGCCGCUCCAUCUCUGUUUCCCUCCGCGUUCUCGACAAUCCCCAUAUCUAUUCCUUUCAGCGCCUUUAACAUAAGCGCCUACACUCCUCUCCCUACCAAUGCGAUUGCCAACAUCCCCAGCGCUCUCGCUACCAGUGUCGCCGCCAUGAGCUCCACUGCUUCCAAUGGGGCCUCAAUCCUCGCCGCCCACAUCCUGGUUAUCGCCCGGGACUCUGCCCAAGCAAGCAUCGCGUUCUCGGGCCUAAAUGCAUACGGGAUCCCAUAUACAACGCUGCUCGUCCCACAAACUGGCGCCCAGCUACCGGAGCUCGACUCUCCAGAUGGAGGAGGCAGAUUCGGUGGAAUAGUCGUAGCCGGGGAAGUGAGCUACGACUAUGGGAAUGGAACCUGGACCAGCGGAUUGACCGCAGCUCAAUGGAGUCAGCUCUACGCCUAUCAGCUGAAAUAUCACGUCCGGCUGGUCGAGUACGAUGUCAGCCCUGGGAGCAAAUUCGGCACGAAACCUGUCGCCGGGGCCUGCUGUGAGAAUAUGGAACAGUUGGUGUCUUUCUCUAAUACGUCUGGUUUUCCUUCUGCUGGGCUUCGCACGGGGGCUGCUGUCAGUACAAAGGGGCUCUGGCACUAUCCUGCGGCAAUCGUCAACAGCACCAGCACCAGGGCCAUCGCCACAUUCGCGCCCAACCAGCUGUUCGCAAACGAGACAGUUGCAGCAGUGAUCAAUAACUUCGACGGACGCGAGCAAAUGGCAUUCUUCAUUGCAUUCGAUACGACCUGGAGCGCAACGUCGAUGUAUCUGCAGCAUGCAUGGAUCACCUGGAUCACCCGUGGCGUGUACGCAGGCUAUCGCCGCGUGAAUCUCAACACGCAGAUUGAUGACAUGUUCCUCAGUACGCAGAUGUAUAAAAGUGACCGCAGCUUUCGCAUCACACCUGCGGACCUCAAUGGGAUUGCCAGCUGGCUGCCGAGUAUCCGGGGCAAAUUGAACCCCGGCAGUGUGUAUUUCAUGGAGAUCGGACACAAUGGUAACGGGAAUAUCGUCGCAGCAACAGAGGCUGUUGGCGAGGUUGUUUGCAAUGGCGGGGCUAUUGUGAUCCCAGAUCCAGGACCCACGCCGCCCGAGUUCAAAAAGCCAUUGGGAACCGGCACAAGUGUCUGGCCAGCCACUCCUGCGUCGUUCAACUGGACUGAGUCGUGUCUGGAAAGCGAUGACCUUCUCCGCUGGUGGCAGCAGAACUACAACGACUACGCCCACAUCUCGCAUACAUUCACGCACCUCCGCCAGGAUAACGUGACGUAUUCUGACGCCAGCAAGGAGAUUACCUUCAACCAAGCGUGGUUAUCCCAAGUGGGCUUCUCGUCUGCAACCAGGUUCACAUCAAAUGGAAUCGUCCCCAGCGCGCUCACGGGCCUGCAUAAUGGUGACGCGCUCCAGGCCUGGGACGAUAAUGGAAUCACAAACUGUGUCGGCGAUAAUAGCCGCCCGGUCCUUCGCAAUCAGCAGAACCCGAUGUGGCCGUACUUUACUAACCUCGCCUCUGACGGGUUCGACGGGAUGCAGGUGAAUCCGCGGUGGCCGACGCGCAUUUACUUUGACUGCGAUAGUCCGGAGUGCACUCUACAGCAGUGGGUCGAUCGAUUUGCGGGCAGUGCCGGUGCAGACUUUAACAGUCUCCUUGCGGCAGAGAGGGAAACUACCUUGGUCUACCUGCUUGGCCUUUACCAUGACAGUUACAUGUUCCACCAGGCGAACCUACGCAAUGUGGAUGCGAAAAACAUGACCAUUGGCACUUCGACAGGACGGUUCUCGAUCUUUCAGGCGUGGAUAGAAACCAUAGUGCAGGAGAUGGUAAGGCUCGUGACGUGGCCGAUUGUAUCGACCACCCAUCAACAGAUGUCCGAGAACUUCCUACAACGGUAUACCCGCGACCAGUGUGGGUAUGCACUCGGGUACGAGAUCUCAGGCGGCUACAUAACCGGUGUGAGAGUGACUGCAAAGGACAACCAGUGCGGCGCAGAGAUUCCGGUGACCUUGCCGGGUGGAGUCUCGGAUACCCAAGGCUUCACCACGGAGCAGCUUGGCAGCGAUCCCCUGACCGUCUGGGUCCAGCUCUCUGGUCAGCCUGUGAGCCUUGCUCUUGCGACUCCGAUUGCGCUAUAG